AUGGCGCCCAUGGCCAUCGACACCCUGAUGCCUCCCUUGCCGGUGCGCGAGCAGAGAUCGUACCCGCCAGCAAAGAUAUUCAACGUGAAGGAGACCAGAUUCGAGAAGCACGUUGCGCCCCAGCCAGAUGGCCGAGCGAAGGCUUUGGCGCGACCCGAUGGCGACGCUGCGAUUGUCAUUGACAAUGGCUCCUCCGCUGUCAGAGCAGGAUGGUCACUCGAGUCGAAACCGCGAGUCAGCCUGCCUCCGAUCAUGGCGAAAUACCGGGAUAGGAAACUGGGAAAGACAUACUCCUUCGCUGGGGCGGAUUGUUACGCCGACACGACCGCCCGUGGUCAUAUCAGGAACGCCUUCGAAGCCGGCACCGGUAUUGUCAGCAACUGGGAUGUAGAGGAACAUGUGCUGGACUGGACUUUCCUCAAGCUCGGCAUGAAUAACGCUGAAGGAUCUAUCGACAUGCCCAUCGUCAUGACCGAAGCUGUAGCAAAUCUGCCAUACUCGCGGAAGUCUAUGAACGAGAUCAUCUUCGAAUGCUACGGAGCACCCUCCCUCGCCAUCGGCAUCGACUCUCUAUUCUCGUAUCGAUACAACAAGGGGCAGACUGGUCUGGUCGUAUCAUCUUCGUACAGUUCCACGCAUGUGAUACCCGUCUUGAACUCGAAACCCAUGCUGGCUCAGGCCAUCCGACUGAACUGGGGCGGGUGGCAUGCUGCAGAAUAUCUCCUGAAGCUGAUUCGGCUCAAAUAUCCAUCAUUCUCAGGCAAGCUGAACGCGUCCCAGACCGAGAACAUGCUGCGGGACCACUGCUAUAUCUCAAAAGCCUACGACGAUGAACUACGGUCAUACCUAGACUGGACAGGCUUGGAGGAACGCGACAUCGUAAUCCAGUACCCAUUCACAGAAGAAGUCAUAAUACAAAAGACCGAGGAAGAACUGGCGCGCGUCAUGGAGCGCAAGAAGGAGAGCGGUCGACGGUUACAAGAGCAGGCAGCCAAGAUGCGACUGGAGAAGUUGAUGCGGAAAGAAGAGGAGCUUGAGUACUACAGAAAACUCCAAGAGAAGAUCGCCGACGCGAACAAGAAGGACACCAAACGCCUUCUUGAUGGAGACGACCUAAAGGACGAGGCUCAACUCGAACGCCGGAUUAAGGAACUCGAUAAAUCCAUCAAGAAGGCUCGCACUAAAGAUGUGGGAGGUGAUCCCGAAGAAGCACAGGAGCUUCCCGACUUUAGCCUGCUUGAGGUACCUGACGACCAGCUGGAUGAGGCAGGUCUGAAGCAGAAAAGACAACAGCGGUUGAUGAAAUCAAACCACGACGCCCGAGCACGCGCAAAAGCCGAGAAGGAGGCGGAGAAGGCUCGGGCCGCAGAGGAAGAGCGCCUAGACAGGGAGAGACGCGACAAUGACCUGGAGGGCUGGUUAGAAGAGAAGCGCAUAGCACGCGAGAAUACCCUGCAGAGGAUGAAGGAGCGCGAUCGUCUUAAGGCGGACCUUGGCAACCGGAAGUCUCUGGCGUCUCAAAUGCGCAUGAAGUCGAUCGCGAACCUGGCGUCAGACAACCCGAGAGGCAAACGCCGGCGCGGAGGUGAUGGCGACGAUAACUUCGGCGCCAACGACGAUGACUGGGGCGUGUACCGACAGAUAGCCGUUGGUGAAGGCGGCAGCGACGACGAAGACGCCGAAGAGGACCUGGAAGGCAACCUCAAGGCGCUUGAAGAAGAUCUGCUUCGCUAUGACGCGAGCUUCACGCACGAGCAUACGUGGGAGGCGCAGAACGACUGGGACAAGAGUCUCCUGCACGCCUUCAUGCGAGGACCCCGGCCCUUCGACGCGGGCUCACAGGCGGAGACCCACCAGAUACACCUCAACGUCGAGCGGAUACGCGUGCCCGAGGUCGUGUUCCAGCCCUCCAUCGCAGGUAUCGACCAGGCGGGCCUCAUCGAGAUAGCCGGCGACAUACUCACGCAGCGACUGGUUGGUCUUCCCGGCAUAAAUCACGACGACUUCCUGCGCGACAUCUUCCUGACUGGUGGGAACACCCUGUUCGACGGCUUCGACGACCGUCUCCGGCAAGGUCUGACACCGUUGUUACCGGCCGGCGCACCUCUGAAUCUUCGGAAGGCCGGCGAUGCCCUGCUCGACCCGUGGCGGGGCGCCGCGCAAUGGGUCGGAUCAUCCGGUUGGAAGGCAGCUACCGUCACCAAGGCCGAGUGGCAGGAGAAAGGCCAGGAUUAUCUCAAGGAGCAUGACCUGGGGAAUUCGUAUUCCUGA